AUGCGGCUCUUCCCCCUCUUCAUCCUGCUGAUUACGGUGGCGCAUGCCGCCGGCGGAGUCGUCUCCCCGGUCUCCAACACCACCGCUCUGCAGCUCGUCUUCCCCGACCCGGAGGCCGUGGUCCGGCACCUCCAGAUGUACUCCCUCCACUGCCGCCGUCUCUGCUAUUGCUCUCUGGUGUGGCCUUCUCAUUCUCUCUCUCUGUGUCUCUCUUCCUCUCUUUGCUGCAGGAAGGUGAAGGAGUCGGCGCGACGGGCUCUGAUGGAGCGCAGGUCGAUGACCACGGCGGCGUAUUCUUCGUGCCUCACCGGGAACCCUAUCGACGACUGCUGGCGGUGCGAUCCGAACUGGCAAAAGAAUCGACAGCGACUGGCCGACUGCGGCAUCGGCUUCGGCAGGGAUGCCCUAGGGGGGAAGAAUGGCCAGAUCUAUGUCGUCGAUGAUUCGUCGGACGAUAAUCCCGUCGAACCCAAGCCAGGGACCCUCCGAUACGCCGUCAUUCAGGAGGAACCCCUCUGGAUCGUCUUCUCCGCGAACAUGAUGAUCCACCUCAAGGAGGAGCUCAUCGUGAACAGCUUCAAGACCAUCGACGGCCGGGGGGCGAACGUCCAUAUCACAGGUGCCGGCUGCAUCACUCUGCAGUACGUCUCCAACAUCAUCAUCCACAAUGUGCACGUCCAUCACUGCGUGCCGUCGGGACCGGCCGACGUGAGGUCGACGCCGACGCACGCCGGCCAGCGGGGGAAGUCGGACGGCGACGGGAUCUCCAUCUACGGCUCGCGCAAGGUCUGGAUCGACCACUGCUCCCUCUCCCACUGCGCAGACGGGCUGAUUGACGCCAUCAUGGGGUCAACGGGGAUCACAAUCUCCAACAACUACUUCUCCCACCACGACGACGUGAUGCUGCUCGGCCACAGCGACGACUACUCGCCUGACAGGGGGAUGCAGGUGACCAUCGCCUUCAACCACUUCGGCGAGGCCCUGGUGCAGAGGAUGCCGCGCUGCCGUUUGGGGUACAUCCACAUUGUGAACAACGAUUUCUCGCAGUGGGAGAUGUACGCCAUCGGGGGUAGCGCUAGCCCCACCAUCAACAGCCAGGGCAAUCGCUACACUGCCCCCUCCAACCCUAAUGCCAAGGAGGUGGCCGUCCUUUUUCUCUCUCCUCUCCGCCACCACCGCCUCCGUCGUCCUCUCCUCUCUCCUCUGGUCUCCGCUCAGCGGCCAUGGGUUUUCUGUCUCUUCGCAGGUGACGAAGCGGGUGGACACGGACGAGAAGGCCUGGGGAGGCUGGGACUGGAGGACGGAAGGGGACAUCAUGGUGAAUGGGGCCUUCUUCGUCCCCUCCGGCGGCGGUGUGGGGGCGACAUACGCGAAGGCCUCCAGCAUAGAGCCCAAGUCGGCGGGGAUGAUCGACCAGAUCACCAGGAACGCCGGCGUCCUCGGCGACCCAAGGUACCUCUCGCCCCCACUAGCUUACCCAUCCAUCUUCAUUUCAGCUGCUGUCAGUGGCUGCCAGCUUCUAUGACAGGUCGGUUUCAUAUCACCUCCAUAACCGGCGGGAGGCCAGAGUCUGAAAGAGGUCAGCCAUUGAAUAUCUCGUCCUUCUAGGUCGUAUCAGGAGACCAGGUCUCCUCCCUCCGCCUUCCCUUUGACCUCUGUCCCCACCGCAUACCCCCAUACUUGGUUCCUUGGUCGGACGGAGAAGCCAUUGAUGAGCUGAUGGGAAAAGAAUCUCACGCUCUAUGUUCACCCCACCUUAUCCAGUCACCGCCGGAGCCACCGGCCGCCGUCCGGCACUCUGACUGGGUACCUUUUACCUAACUCGGAAAAGCAAAGGUUGAUGAUUGGGGUGGGUAGCUCACACCUUCUGGCUGGGGUCGUUUCCUCGUCGGGUUUCACCAGCCAGUUUCUGUGGAUACUCUAGCCCAGCAUAUCCGAAGACGAAGAGGGGUGAAGGUCUGCUAUGCUGGUGGCGGUGGAGUGGUGGCGGAGGAGAGAGGUUGAAGGACUCGGGCACCCUUAAUAGUUCGCCGGAGGGGGAGAGACUCCAAGCCUCCGGAGGGCCCCGGCUGGGAAAGGAGAUUGAGCUUCCCGUGAAUAAUUGACUGGGCCCCUGCGACAAGAUGAUGGCGUUUUCUGCCACAGCUGACAAUCCCUUCCUCUCCUCCCUCAUUUUCUUCUCUGCCAGAGGAUCUGAUGCCUGAGCUUCUUGCCAUUCAAAAGCCUCUCUCUCUCUCUCUCUCUCUCUCUCUGGUCACGGACUAACGAUUGUCUUCACCGGUGGCGAACAGCGGCGGUGAAGGAGAAGGCGGCGGCGGAUCGAUGGACGGAGGAGGCGGGGACGACGGCGACGGCGCGAGCGGAUCAUACGGCGGUGAAUUCGGCAUGGUCUUCGGCGGCGGUCGGGCGAGCGGCGCUGCCCCCACGCGGCCGCCUCCGCUGCUUGUGCCUUGCUCCCUCUCCGUCGCCGUCCUUGCGCUUGCUUUCCCCUGGGCACGGCCGUGA